UUGUUAGUGCUGAACACGCUGGGCAUGGAGCUGAUGGCCCCAGCCACUGUCUAUGCUCUGAAUGGCUCUUCCAUCCGGCUCAGCUGCACUUUCAAUUCCUGCUACCAGGUAGACAAGAAGCAGUUCUCACUGAACUGGACCUACCAAACCUGCCAGAACUGCACCGAAGAGAUGUUCCUGCAGUUUAAGCUGAAAGUGGUUCCUGUGGAGCUGAAGCGUUUUGAGGAUCGUGUGGAGUUUACGGGGAACCCCAGGAAGAAUGACGUGUCUUUCACCCUCCAUAACGUGCAGCUGGAAGAUGCAGGGCUGUACAACUGCUACGUGAUGAACCCGCCUGACCGACAAAAGGGCCAUGGCCAGAUCAGCCUCAAAGUCCUCACAGAAGAGCCCCCAGAGCGGGACUCCACUGUGGCUGUGAUCGUGGGGGCCACUGUGGGGGGCUUCCUUGCCGUGGUGAUCCUCGCCUUGGUCAUUGUUAAGUGUGUCCGGCGCAAGAAGCAGCAGAGGCUCAACACGGAUGACCAGAAGACUGAAGAAGAGGGCAAGACAGAUGGGGAAGGGAACCCAGAGGAAGGCAUGAAGUAG